AUGGAACAAGCCAGUAAAGCACUUAAGGCCUAUAAGAAUCGCAAAAAAGCACGACAAAAGGCUCGCGAGGAAGAGGCGUGUUACGUGGAGUACAGGAAAGCUGAAAUUCUAGCAAAAUUUAAACCAAAAGUGGGAGCUCUUCGAAUUGCUGAUGAGGUUUUCCCAAAGCGUCGGAAGGGUUCAAUGGGUUUUGGCGAACGAAAAGCGCAUUACUUAUCCAUUCGGCCGAAACCUUGCUAUGCAACUUGGCUUGGUAGACGGCGAAAUAUUAUCGAGGCGAAGCCUUCACCGAUGGCAAUAGCAGCGUCAGUUGAUAUGACAGAUCACUCUGCCGUCCCAGAAUUCAGCAGACAGUCUGUUAAAGAAUCCGAUAAAGAAAAUAAUGAAAGCGAUUCAGUCAAGAAAUCACUUGCUUCAAAGGAUUCAAAACAUACACCUCAGAUAUCUAUCUCACACAUACAAAAAGAAUCACAAAAGAGAUCAUCUAUGAUUGGCCCAGAAUUUGAAGGCGAUAGUGGUCUAGUUAAAAUGGCCACCUAUGGAGCACAUGCUGAUAACCCUUUGAUAAAUGGUGUACCGUUCUGGACUAUUGAAACUCCUCAGGAGGAGGAAGCAGUAACAGAUGAUGAUUUGCCAGUUGACAUGGAUAUCCUAGAAAAAGUUUGUACUGGAAAAAAGACGCUUGAUUCACGACCGUUUGAAAAAAUUGAAUUUAACCCAUUCGGUCCAGAUGAUAUGCUAUUCGAUCGUGACACGAUUUUGUUUUCAAAUACUGUGGAAACGGUAAUCCGCCUGCAGCCCGAGGAUGAUGAGAAGAGAGCACAACCUGCUGAUCCAUUACGGCGCCGCAUUCGGUGGGCUGAUAAAAUUAGCGUAACGACCUUUGAUCCUAAAAAUCGACGGCCCAAAGAUAUACGAACACCGAUCAAUGAACCACUACGAAACAUAGCACGUGACAGACCAUCGAUUGCUUGCUAG